AUCUAUACAGGUCAACUCUUUGAUGAUAGCAAAGCGUGCAACACCCCUACUAUGGAACUCGGCUUCCUAAUAUCAGGCAGCUAUAAAGAAUCAAAGGACAAGAGUGAAAUGACGUUCAGAAAAGCAUUACGCUUUGUAAGAAAUAUGGCACAAAAGGCAAAGGUUUCCGAUUCGGGAACCCAUAUUGGCCUCGUCGUGUAUGGCAAGAAGCCUUAUUUGGCGUUUGACUUCAACCAAUACUUUGAAAUAUCGAGUCUCUCGCAAGCCAUUGAAGAAGUGAAAACGCCCAUUGCUGGGAGCAACCUUGGAGAGGCCCUUUCGUUUACCAAGAACCAGCUAUACGAUAAAAGCGCGCGUCCAAAUAUUCCAAAGACGUUAAUUGUUCUUUUAUCCAAAAGAUCAGAAGACGCCAUUGGUCACGCUGUGAAGGAUCUGAAGGAUGCUGGAGUGAAAAUUCUUACAGUGGGGAUUGGUGGUGAAAACGAUCCUUUAGAAAUGAGUGACUCGGCUUCAGAUAUUCAGAAUACUUUGAUAUCAGAUGAAAAUCAUUUGGACACUUUGGAGACAAAAUUAGCCCCAAAACUAUGCCGAGGUAAAUAUUUCUCAUCAGUAUGGGCCAUUCUAUUUUAGAAUUAAUGUCAAGCAAGAACAUGUUGUUGAAAUUUCGAUCUAUAGUCCUUAUUUACUCCAUCUUGAGCGGUUUUCUAGUUUUCUUAUGAUCUCCAUGCUCGAGUUUCUCUGUAAUGUUCAUUAUUUCUUACCUUGAAAUUGAGGCCCGGAAAUCAGACUUGCACUAUUGAAGUAAAUAUGAACAUGUUUACAAGAGCUAUUUCGAACUUAAUGUUUUGAGUACUAUUUGCUUUAGUAAUCAAUUGCCCUUAAUUAAUGAUAUAUUUGCUUUUACAUUUAUACGCUAAAUAGUUCCUUUUGCAAAAUAAGAAAUUUCUUCAUUUUGCUUUUAUCUUUUUGUUCCCUGCCAGAUGUAAUUGAAGGAAGUAGCUCCCAAGGUUUGUUACUCUCAGUUACCCUUUUUUAAUAUUAAACGUUGCUUGAAGGCUGAUGUGACAAGUAAUUGUUUAUAUCAUUAUUUUUUACUUUGAGGGCUAUUGGAACUCAAAGAUAGCAAAAGUCACCUUGCGCCGUAAUCGGAGUUGUUCUCUCUUUAGAUCGGUUAAUUUUGUUUUGUUGAGCAUGGUGCACACAUGUUAGUCCCAGCAUACAUCAAUGUGGGUAGAAGAGGAAUUUAUUGAAAUAUAACAUGGAGAAAUCGUUGAAAUACCGUCAAAAAAUAUGAUGUCGAGAAUGAAGCUUUACCUUAAUUUUCUGUCACAUUGAUCGCUUUGUAAUAUCAAAAGUAAAUGUUCACGUUUCUCUUCUUACUUUACAUGGUGCAAUUGGAAGAAGUGACACCAGAUGACUCAGACUCUGCGAGUGAGUAUGGAAACGAUCAUUUUUUGAUGAGACAUAUGACUUGAUUUCUCAAAUAUGCGAGCUGCCGGUUUACGCUCAUCAAAAUCUGAAGUUACAGAACAGAAUAUAAUGGCAAAAUUUGACAAAUCAGGAAGUGAGAAUCAUAAAAUAUAAGUAAUAAAUUUGACAGAGACGCAGUAUUGUGCAACAUUUAUCUCUCUAAAAUGUUAAAAUUAACGUCUUUUUUUUCUAUUCUUAUGAACUAUAGUGCAAACAGAAGUGACAUUGGGUGACUCUGAAGCAGCGAGUAAGUAUAGACUCAGUCAAUCGUUAUAAAAUAUUUUGACUUUACUCCUCUACCUUCCAAUUGCAAGCUUCCGUCAAUGCCCAUCAAGAAUUAAUAAUAUAUAGAGCAAACUAAUUUCCCGGGUUGUCUUAUAUGCACUAUCGAUUAAAUUGCCAUUUAGUCCUUGAUUUCUUAGCCACGCACUGAAGUCCUGUGCCAAGAGUCUAUUGAAAUCAUUGCACCUACAAAAGUAGCCCCAGAAAGGUCGCAGGAAUAGCUAAAAUACUUUAACUGCGCUGUGAUUUUGCUUUUCUUUCAAGGCAAAAAUGGUACUAAUUUCAAAGAGAGCAAUAGAGAACGCAAUUACUAUCUCAUCCUAUGUUACAAGCAUCAAAACCUGAUUAUUUUAUCACGAUGUUCACAGAUCUUGAUCCCCCCCCCCUUCCCCUACUUCCCACCUUGCAGACCCUUGUCAAAUCCUAAAAUAAUAAGUGACUAAAGUAACUGAGUGUUGACUGACGUUUUCUUUUUCUUUCAAAUUAUUUAAGUGAACCCAAGCGAGGAGCCAGAUCCUGAAAUUAUCACUGUAACGCCAGAUGGUAAUAACUUAUACGAAAUCAUUAGAGUCGAUGAGCAAAAUGUUUUUCAGGGGGCUAACUGGAAAUUUUGUUGAUAACUUUAAUAGCUUACUUACUAAGUGUUGUCGCAAAUUCUCCAAAAAAAUUCCAACGAAUAAUUUUUUUAACCUGUUUUAGAGACUCCAAGCGAAGAAACCGAUACAGGAGUCAUCUCGAACUCUCCAAAUGGUAGGUUUUCUUGAUAGAUUAGUAAGAGGUACUCCAUUUUUUCGAGUCAUGAGAAAAUGUUGCAAGAUUUAAGGGUUUAUUACAAAAGGUGGAAUUAGAGUUGGUCCACACUUUGGAACAAAGUUCUCUAGUUUGAGAUGUUUAGCUUUACCAGCGUGGAGUUGAUCUUUUUCUAAUAAUAUUUCGAGUUUAUCCGCCGUUUAACAUGAAAAUUGGAGCUUUCGAUCUCGUAGAAUCGUGUAAUUUGCGAGGAAAAAUUUUGAGGUUUAAGUUUGACAAAAUUUUUGUAGAAGACUAUUUUAAAACAAACUCUUCUCGUUUGCGCAUUUCAUUUAAAAUUUCUUUGAAACUUUGACCACUUGAGUACUCGACUGUACAAAAUGCAUGUAAGAACAACGUCUGGAUUAAAAAUAAGGCCGACUCCUAACCCCUGACACGGAAAAACUUGAGAAACUUAACUCAAAAUCAUGAAAAUUGUCUCAUCAGCAAUAAAUUCGCCGAAGAAGCCAAAUAUUGAAGAAAAUAAAGGUAACACAUCAUUUUUUAUUCAUUGAACUAUAAUCAAUUAAUCAAAAAUGUCAAUAUAUCAGAUAUACAACUGGAUCAGUUUAUCCAACACAUGACGCUGUUUUUCCCUGCCAGUGUAGAGAUAGGAAGCCAAAUGUCCCUGAGUGAGGAAUCCAACCAAAUCUAUUGCCUCGCAGGUCCACGGGCUAACAAGGUGGAUCUCGUGUUUCUUGUUCAGAGCUCCGGGAAGAUGGGUGUUCCUAACUGGAUUCGCACUGUUUUGUUUAUGAAAUAUGUGGCUGAUGCUUUUGAUGUCUCAAAAAUGGAAUCAAGGCUUGGUCUUGUCGUGGAGGGAAGAACAUUUCACGUUGUUGUAGACUUCAACAGAAUCACUAAAAAGAAACUUUUACUUAGUGCUAUUGGCCUGAUUCCGCUUCCAUUUGGUGAUCAGAAAAUAGGCCAAGGCUUGACCGACGUGAGAGAACUUGUCUUGAAUCCUAGUGGCCGACCUAACGUCCCUCAUAUUUUGAUUGUGGUAACAGAUGGAAAGUCUUCAGAUGACGUAACACAACCUUUGAAGUCGCUUGAGAAAAGUGGCGUGGAAAUAUUUGCCGUUGGGUUCGGAAACAAGAUUUCUCUUGGUCAAUUGGAAAAAAUUGCUAGUUAUCCGAGUUCAACACAUGUAUUCCACGGUGACUUUAAGGAGGCCGCGAAACUUGCAAGCAAAAUAGUUGCUCAAAUUUACGAGAAAAAUUUUUGCGGUGGAUUGGACGCUCUUUUAAAAAAGCUUUUACUCAGAAAAGCAAGGAAAGCAGGAAAAAAGAAGGAUGCCAAUGGUAGAUAAUGGCUUCAUUCUUUGUGUGGGAAUCUUCAUUGUUUUUCUUUUCUCCGUCUUUUAAGAAGCCUAAUAUGCGGCUUUGAUGGCAAAUCAUUGUCGAUACAUAAGUGAACCUGCUGAGUGUGGUACAGUUUUCAUACUGGGUCACUAGUUAAAUCCAUCUGUUUUUCUUGAGUGGACAUAUGGUAAAAAUAGACCUAAUAGAAGGAUAUCUUUUUCCUUUUCUUCCUUUCAAGCUCUGCCUCAUCUUUCUCUUGUUAGAGAUGAAACACGAACGAAAAACAAACAAACCAACAAUGAAGAAGGUCAACAACAAGGCUAAAAAAUUACGCGUUAUCCGACGUUAAGUGCAGCUGGCACGGUUCGACUCUUUUCACUUUAAAAAUUUGAAUAAAAAAGCCCUUCAUCGCACUACUCCUAUCCUAAUAGCCAAGUUAAAAGAGAAAUCGACAGGAUAACAGAAUGCAGCAACUAUCUAUUCAUAUUUCUGCAUUACGUCUUUCACAUGAAAUAUUAUUUUUUUGUGAUCACAUGUGCCCCAAAAGCUGAUAAGCGAGGUUACACCUACGCCAUGCCUCAUGAUUUGCCACUGAUAUCCAUGUAUAUGAAUCGGUACGAAUUUUCAUUUAUAAAGUAUGGAACAUAUGCCUCGUAUCUUUAUUUGCAGUGCAUGCAAUUCACAAGCCCAUCCCCAGCCAUGAUGCUACAAGUAGAAAAGAAGCACAAGUGGAAAGCACCUCAAGCGAUGAUGACACCUUCGAAGACGCGAUGGUUAAUCCUCCGUCAAAUCACUCUAACAUCUUAGAUGCGCUGUUCGAGAGCAGCUACCGAGACAACAGAACAAUAGAACCAUUCAGAGAAACAUCUAAAAUGUACAAGACAGAACCAAACUCAAUCCCUAAAAAUGGGACGUCCCCAUACGAUGACCAUGAUGAAAGAGAUGAGUCAACUACAAAUGACAGCAGCAGUGCUAACAUGACAACAGGUACUAUUCUAUUCCCCUUUUUUUUUCAAUAACCGAAGAGAAAAAAAAGCACGGACGAAAGAAAUCAACCGAAAUGUUUGCAUAAUUCAGAUGGUCUAUGAUCGAUAUUCUAUUACCCUCUGCCAUCUUGGUGCUUCCAUACUUUCCGAAAAUAUCGAAGACGGACGCAAAUUUUCGAUAUGUGGGAUAGAAAGUUAUAAACUAUAUACCCUGCAGAUUCGUGAUGGCAAAUGAUACCAGCAUAAAAAUAACCUUUGGCUUUUAAUUAGCCUGAAAAUCAGGCACUAGUGAACGAUUAUGGGUGGCAUGAAUGGUAGAGGAGGAAUCCACUCCAUUACGCGACUCUGGCGACUCGAACCUUUGCUGGAGGCAGUUGCAUAUUGUAAUCUAAACAGGCUUGGUUUUCAAUAACUGUUCGUAAUGGAGGUGUUAAUUUUUUCGAAUCAACUUAAAAAGAUAAAUUUUUAGGUGGCCAAAUUAUUAAAAAAUCUAUGACGUUGCAAGUCCUUCUGAUUUUGUUAAUGAAAAAGUACCUUAGGCAUUUGUAAUCUGUAGUUUUCAUGAAGAUAUCACCUCAAAGUGUUUUUGUAUUUGAAAUUCAAUUUGAAAGUAAUGAAACCACUCUGAAUUUUUCUAUCCCGUUUUUCAUUUUAGAGAGCACUCCAGAAUCCAAUAAUAAACACAUUGCACUCAAGGACCUAGUGAAUAAAGGUAAGCCCUAUCUGCUGGCCAAAGAGCUGAAGAAAAUAUCUUUCGUUUUUGAAAUUCAGUUUACAAUGUCUCUCUUCCUCUGCCCUCCUUUUAUUCUUUUUGUAUUCACACGCGGCGCAAGUGAUUUCGCAAAUUAGCCAUUGAAAACUGACGUGCACAUUUUUCGCCUGCUUUUGUUAUUUGUUUUACAGAGUUGUUAGUUAGUUGUUUCGAGCUUUGUUCGCGCAAAUUUUUUACCCUUUGUUUGCAAUUUCAAGAAUUUUCGGAGUUUUCAUUUUAGCCAAAUGUUGUGGUUAUUUAAAAAAAGUUAAAUAUAUAAUUUUCUACGGAGUUUGAACUUUAGGCUCUUUUUUCGUAAAUGGAUUUUUUACAAGGGUCAGAUAUUUUGAUUGUGUGAUACGUUUUAUUAAAUUUAUUCUUUCCUCCUCGCCAUCCUACCUCUUACUGCACUCUCAACGUUUUCCUGUCGAUGCUCAUGCAUUGGUGCAAAGGUGCUCGAAGACAAUUGUACAGAAGAUAUGUUUUCAUAUUCUCUAUCUUAAUUCCAUUGGUAACCCGUUUCCUAAAUCUUACAUAAUAACGAGAACCACCACCGCAUUUCACUUUCACAAAAAUGUUGGUUUUACUCUUCCCUUAAACCCUACUAAUGAUGCAUUCUGGUGUUACAGUUUGCUCUGCAAAAGCCGAUAUUGGAAUCCUGAUUGAUGGCUCAUCAUCAGUAACGGAAGCUAACUUCGCCAAGUUGUUAGACUUUACAAAGAGCCUGUCUAAAUCCUUCUCGGUGUCUAAGGAUCACACCCACAUUGCAGUUGCCACCGCGUCCAGAGGUCCGCGCAUGAGUUUUGAUUUUGAGGGAUUCAAUGACAUUCCGAGCCUCGACACAGCAAUAUCCCGCAUAUCAUACAAUGGUGGACCAUUUUUGUUAGGUAAUUGGGCAAGUGGACCAUCAAAUUUACUGAUUUAAGCCAGUUACGGAUUAAAGCUUAAACGUCAUUUAAAGAGGUGACUUGAGAGUAACGUGGUAAGCAGAACCAUAACGGUGACUUCCGUUGUUAACAAUUAAAAAGUGAGAAUCACUUCUUGGUUUGGCUUUAUGAGAACCUCCACUACAUUUAUGUAUCUAAAUAUUCCAAAUUCGUGUGAAUAUUUAACAGAUAACCUUCCCAUGACAUGAAAAAAAAAAUAGAUAUGAACUAUUAUUUGAAAUUUUAUCUCAAUAUACUCUUUAUUACUCAUUGCAGGAUCAAGUCUAACUGGCGUAAAAACCAGCUGGUUUAAGAAUAGUGGUCGUAAAAGUAUUCCUCAACUUCUUCUUGUCCUGGCCACUGCAUCAUCAAUUGAUGACAUCGCAGUACCGUCACGUGAGAUGCGAGACCGAGGUGUUCGAAUUGAGGCCGUGGGGAUUGGAUCUGGGUUUGAAGGGGGGCAGCUGAAAGAGAUAGCAACACAUCCUGCACAAGAUCACGUGCUGGCUGUAUCCAAAUAUGAGCUGCUACCUAUGAUUAGACCGCUGCUGACCUUCAGGAUGUGCAGAGGUAAGAUUUGUAUCAGCGAAGCGAUAAAACCAGCGAUAGUGCCGACUUUUUUAAUUGUGAGGCCUACUUUCUCCACAUUAUUUUAAUACCAAGAUGUUCAAUAAAUAUUCUUUGUUGAUAUCGUAUGUUAUACUACAAUCGCUUCCCAAUAGAGGAAUAAAAUCUUUCAUAGUAAUUUAUGGGAACAAGCUGAGUACCUUAUUAACAAAAAUUAAACGCCCUCAUUUUUAUACCAAGAUCGCCAUUAACAUUUACAAGUUGUAACUGAGGUUUAACAUAUCAAGUUCUGCGAUUGCAACAUAUCACUCAGUUUUGUAGCAGUCACUCACAUGAUUUAAUGAUUUAUGAAUCUACAGCUGUCGGAGGGAAACUUAUUGCAAGACCAGAUUCAGGUAAAAUUUUUAUUUAUAAUUCUUUUAUAGUCUUCUCAAAGAGCGUGUCAGUCUAGUUUUUGAAACGUUGAGCGGCCUCAAUAUACGUUUCUAUACAUUCAUUUAAUUCAGUGCUUUAAUUCCUAAAGAACUGUCGUAAGUGAUGAAGGUUUUGUAAAGGAAUAUUUAAAAUUUUUAAAGAUGCAGAUCCUGAUCCUGAUGUAAUGGUAUCUAAUUCAUCUACUGCUGCUAAUCAAACUAUUACGAAUGAGCAGCAGCCACUACCUGGAAUCAACCACGUAAAAAACGAUUCAAAUGUUGGCAAGGAAAUGACAGUAGAUCCAACCAUGAAACAAGAAAGACAGCCAAGUAAACUGGUAGCUACCUUAAAGCAGUUGGAUCAAUACAAAAUGAUUCGCCAACAAAAGAAUUUGGAAAAUAGCAGCACAGAACAACAAGAUGCAAUAGAACACAACUCAACUGCAACAAAUAAAUCGCAACAAGAUGAGAUUGAGAAAGAAAAGCUCAGGAAGGUAAUUGUACAAAGAAUCUAUCAUAUAUUCUUUCAACACCUAUCGCCUUGUGGUCAAAACCCGAUUUCUUAUUAUGAGGUGGCUACAAAAUCUUUAACCGUCCGAUAAUAGUAAGGUCACUCUUUUCAGGAUAUAAGAAGAAAGCUUUAUUCGUUGAUACGUCGGCUUGGCGGAACAAAGAAAGACGUAAGGGCUGCUUACAGAUCUAUCAUCUACAACAUAAAUGGACACCACGAUAGUAAG